AUGGCACCGCUGAUCUUGCAUGGUGGCAAAACAAACAAAAAUUCCUACAAGACACUCAUUGCUGCUGAGUACGCUGGCGUCCAAGUUGAAUUUGCACCAAAUUUUGAGAUGGGUGUCUCCAAUAAAACUCCUCAAUUUCUCCAGAUGAAUCCUAUUGGCAAGGUUCCUGUUUUGGAAACACCCGAUGGUUCAGUGUUUGAGAGCAAUGCCAUUGCUCGCUAUGUUGCCCGGCUGAAGGGUGAUAACACUUUGUACGGUUCUUCUUUGCUUGAAUAUGCCCAGAUUGAACAAUGGAUUGAUUUUUCAUCAUUUGAGGUAGAUGCUAAUAUUAUUAAGUGGUAUGCCCCUAGAGUUGGACGUGGACCAUACCUUCCUCCAGCUGAGGAGGCUGCCAUAUCUGCACUAAAGAGAGCUUUGGGUGCUUUGAACACUCACCUUGCCUCCAAUACAUACCUGGUUGGGCAUUCUGUGACCCUGGCUGACAUCAUAUUGACAUGCAAUUUGUAUUUGGGUUUCACAAAUAUCCUGGUUAAGAGCUUCACCUGUGAGUUUCCUCAUGUUGAGAGAUACUUUUGGACCUUGGUCAAUCAACCAAACUUCCGAAAGAUAUUUGGGCAGGUGAAGCAGACUGAGGCUGUUCCACCUGUUCAAUCUGCAAAGAAGCCUUCCCAGCCAAAAGAAACUAAGCCCAAGGCCAAAGAUGAACCAAAGAAGGAGACCAAAAAGGAGCCAGAGAAGCCCAAAGAAGCAGAAGCAGAAGAGGAGGCACCCAAACCCAAACCCAAGAAUCCCCUUGAUCUUCUCCCUCCAAGUCCAAUGAUUCUGGAUGAGUGGAAAAGACUGUACUCCAACACCAAAACCAACUUCAGGGAAGUUGCUAUCAAAGGAUUUUGGGACAUGUAUGAUGCUGAGGGAUACUCUCUCUGGUUUUGUGAUUACAAAUACAAUGAUGAGAAUACUGUUUCUUUUGUGACUUUGAACAAGGUUGGUGGAUUUCUUCAGCGGAUGGACUUGGCUCGCAAGUAUGCAUUUGGAAAGAUGCUUGUCAUUGGUUCAAAUCCACCAUUUAAGGUGAAGGGGCUGUGGCUUUUCCGCGGGCAAGAAAUCCCGCAAUUUGUCAUUGAUGAAUGCUAUGACAUGGAGCUUUACGAGUGGACGAAGGUUGACCUAUCUGAUGAAGCUCAAAAGGAGCGCGUCAAUCAGAUGAUAGAAGAUUAUGAACCUUUUGAGGGCGAGGCUCUUUUGGACGCUAAGUGCUUUAAGUGA